CGUAAUGCCCUAGAAGUGCCAAAUGGUUGCCGUAAUUCAGAUUGUGUCACACGAUUUGUCAAUUCACAUUUCACUUUCAUAAUGACUAUUCUUUCUUAGAAAUAUUCAAAAUGGUUUCUUGAAUCCUCAAAAUGUAUUGAUACACUAAUUUUAAGAUCACGUCCAUACAGUAGUUAAUUCUUAUUGGAUGUAGAACGUCUUUCAAAAGCUUUAUGCUUGAGCUAUGGUGGUAGUGUUCAGUUUGAAGAGUAUCUAUGUGUCUGAGCAAGGAACAAGGAACAAGGAAGCAGAUGAAAUGUGAAAGAUGUGGGUGUCAGUUUGGUCUAACUGAAAUAUCACAGCUUUGUAAAACUGAGAUGCACAGUUGACUGUGAAAAGAAAUGACGAUGGCUAGAUACAGGACAAUGAUGAAAUUCCUCAUCAAUGUUGGGAUCCUUUUCCAAGGGUGUGAUUCAGAUGUGAAAUGCAGGGAUGACAAAGGAAAAGAGGUGGACUGGUAUAUUCUAUACAAGUUGCCCCAUGUGAAGGGUGACGGUUUGUCAUAUCUGUACAUGGAUGAGAGCACCAACGGAUGGAAAGUCAGCAAAGAGACAAUCAACAGUAAAUCUAGCACUCUGGCGAACACUCUGAACCCUCUUCUUGACUUCUACGACAGAAAGAUUGAAGGCUUUGGAUACAUGCUCUAUAAUGAUCAACCUCCAAAACCAUAUGCUGCUUCUGCAUCAUAUGGCCACAGUAAAGGAGUUGUGAUGUUGGACAAAAAAUCUGGAGUUUGGCUUUCACACAGUACACCAAAAUUUCCAACAUAUCGCAGUAAAGACUUCUGGCCAGACAGUGGAACCGCUAAUGCUCAAACAUUUAUGUGCGUGACUUACUCCUAUAAUCACUUCAAAGAAAUAGGAUUGCAGCUGAAGUACAUCCAUGCUUAUUCAUAUGACUUUGACAUCCCGACAACCUUUCGCAAAGAGCUGCAAUGUGUUGCACAGCGAAGCUGCCUACCAAAGAAGGAACCCUGGUUUCGUGUAACGAUGCUGACUUCAAUGAAAGGACAUAAUUUCUCUAGCUUUGUGAAAUACAACCGUUUUCGGGAUGAUCUUUACUCUGGCCUUAUUGUGAACCAUUUGAAGCAGGAUCUCUACAUUAAGAGCUGGGGAAAGAUGCGUGACCCUCUGCCUUCUAACUGCAGCACAGACAUCCCUCAUCAUGUGUAUAAUGUGAAGAAAGUAAAGCUCCUAAAGGGGAAGCCCUUCAGUGAUACUGUUGAUCACUCCAAGUGGUGUGUAACUUCUGGUGGUGGCUGGACCUGCAUAGCUGAUAUGAACAGGGAAGAGAGUCAGAUGAAAAGAGCUGGAGGAGCAAUAUGCACAGAUAAUGUUGCUGUUGGGAAGGCUUUCUAUGCACUGAUCACACAGUAUGAACCAUGUGAGCAUGACCUUCCACAUUCUGAGGCUCAACACAGAGAGCUUUAAAGGCACAGCCCUUUAUGGAAAUGUAAGGAAAAGUAUAGCUGAUCUCCAAAAAAAGUAUAAGAAAAGACUGGAGCCUGAUAUCACUUAUAAUAACACUAACUACGCCAUUACAUAUCCAGACUUAAAAUUGUUGGUUGCAAGCUUGACGUUUUGCACAAUGUGUUGGUGUAUAUUAAUCCCAAUUAAUAUAUAUUAAAAUAUUAGUCUUUUGUGUUUUGUAUUAUGCAUUUUUAUCAAUGAAAAACUGCAGUGUUUUUAUUUUGAAAAACAUGCAUUAAGCAUUUGUCUAUACAAUCAGGAUACUAGAUUUCCAGAUGAAAUAAAUUGAACUGAAUGAUUAGAUCAAUAUUAAAUUGCAAAUUCUAUGUUGCUGCAGGUGUUUGGACAGAUGACCAAAAACACGACUCCAAGUAAAUGCUAAUGUUGCUUGUAGAAGCAGGUUGUGUCAAUAAACAAUUAAUGCCA